GACUUGUAGGGCGGCGCGCUCCUUCGUCCAUGGACUGCAUGAAAGGCCCGCUGCACUUGGAGCACAGAGCAGUAGGGACCAAGCUGUUGGCCGCCUCCUCGUCUUCCUCCUGUCACCAUCCCCAGCCGCUGGCCAUGGCUUCGGUACUGGCUCCCGGUCAGACCCGCUCCCUGGACUCUUCCAAGCACAGGCUGGAGGUGCACACCAUCUCUGACACCUCCAGCCCCGAGGCCGCAGAAAAAGAUAAGAGCCAGCAGGGAAAGAAUGAGGACGUGGGCCCCGAAGACCCGUCCAAGAAGAAGCGGCAACGGCGCCAGCGCACUCACUUCACCAGCCAGCAGCUGCAGGAACUGGAGGCCACUUUCCAGAGGAACCGCUACCCGGACAUGUCCACGCGCGAAGAGAUCGCCGUGUGGACCAACCUUACGGAAGCCCGAGUCCGGGUUUGGUUCAAGAAUCGCCGGGCCAAAUGGAGAAAGCGGGAGCGCAACCAGCAGGCUGAGCUGUGCAAGAAUGGCUUUGGGCCGCAAUUCAACGGGCUUAUGCAGCCCUAUGACGACAUGUACCCGGGCUAUUCCUACAACAACUGGGCCGCCAAGGGUCUCACGUCAGCCUCCCUGUCCACCAAGAGCUUCCCUUUCUUCAACUCUAUGAACGUCAACCCUCUGUCGUCGCAGAGCAUGUUCUCCCCGCCCAAUUCCAUCUCCUCCAUGAGCAUGUCGUCCAGCAUGGUGCCCUCAGCCGUGACCGGCGUUCCGGGCUCCAGCCUCAACAGCCUGAAUAACUUGAACAACCUGAGCAGCCCGUCGCUGAAUUCCGCGGUGCCGACGCCCGCCUGUCCUUACGCGCCGCCGACUCCUCCGUACGUUUACAGGGACACGUGUAACUCGAGCCUGGCCAGCCUGAGACUGAAAGCGAAGCAGCACUCCAGCUUCGGCUACGCCAGCGUGCAGAACCCGGCGUCCAACCUGAGUGCUUGCCAGUACGCCGUGGACAGGCCAGUGUGAGCCCCGCCCACAGCACCGGGAUCCUAGGACCGUGCCGGAUGGGGCAGUGCUGCCCUUGAAAGACUGGGAAUUACGCUAGAAGGUCGUGGGCACUAAAGAAAAGGAGACAAAGAGAAGAUAUAAAGAGAAAAGGAAACCACUGAAUUAAAGAGAGCUCCUUUGAUUUCAAAGGAAUUUCCUCAAUGUCUGACAUCUUUCACUAAAAGUAUUUCCAACAGUUGCAAGGACAUACACAAAUGUUUGACUGGAUAUGACAUUUUAACAUUACUAUAAGCUUGUUAUUUUUUAAGUUUAGCAUUGUUAACAUUAAAAUGACUGAAAGGAUGUAUAUAUAUCGAAAUGUCAAAUUAAUUUUAUAAAAAGCAGUUGUUAGUACUCUCACAACAGUGUUUUUAAAGGUUAGGCUUUAAAAUAAAGCAUGUUAUACAGAAGCGAUUAGGAUUUUUCGCUUGUGAGCAAAGGAAUGUAUAUACUAAAUGCCACACUGUAUGUUUCUAACAUAUUAUUAUUAUAAAAAUGUGUGAAUAUCAGUUUUAGAAUAGUUUCUCUGGUGGAUGCAAUGAUGUUUCUGAAACUGCUAUGUACAACCUACCCUGUGUAUAACAUUUCGUACAAUAUUAUUGUUUUACUUUUCAGCAAAUAUGAAAAAAAUGUGUUUUAUUUCAUGGGAGUAAAAUAUACUACGUACAAAUUGGUCUGGAUUCUUUCUGCCCU